UCGCCCAAUGGCAGGCCGGGUGGAGCUAUAACACGUGCUGUAUGGAAUCUUGUUCUGUAGCAUGGGAGAAGAGGAAGGAUUACAUCAAACGCAGUUACUGGACACAAUGUUUGUGCGAGGAUUGAAGAGAAAAUGUUUUGAUGGCGAAGAAGAUAUUGAGGGAACUCUGGCUGGUUUUAAAGCUAUCCCUUCAUAUAACCUUCAGCGGCAGUCACUUUUAGAUAUGUCUUUGGUGAAACUUCAACUAUGCCACAUGCUUGUUGAGCCUAAUCUUUGUCGUUCGGUACUUAUAGCCAAUACGGUACGGCAAAUUCAAGAGGAAAUGACCCAGGAUGGGACUUGGCAGAUGAUAAAUACACAAAGUGCAGGACAGACUUCUCUAGAUCGUCUGGUUUCAACAGAUAUCCUUUGCCGUUCAUCCAAGGAACAAGCUGAAGGAAAGCUUGUUCCAGUCUAUAGUACGUUCACUAAAGACUAUGAGGAGCCUCAUUCACAAGAUCAUUCAGAAAUUAUGCCAACAGUUACUUCAGCACAAGCUCCAAGAAACCUGCCAAAUAAUAUGUGGGAAAUGGAGAAUCCACAAGAAAAUAGAGGAAACUUUCAAAAGUCAUUAGAUCAAAUAUUUGAGACAUUAGAGAAUAAAAAUCCUAAUACGGUUGAAGAUCUCUUUUCAGAAGUUGACAAUUCUUAUUAUGACCUUGAUACAGUGUUAACAGGAAUGAUGAGCAACACAAAAAUGGGACACUGUGAUGUACUUGAAACAUUUCCUUCUCAGACAUCCACAAAUUCUAAUUCUAACUGUAAAUCUGAUCUUAAUGAGCUUGAGCAUAUUGUGGAGAUCCUUGUUGAAUCUUGAAACUGUUAAGUAUACAGAAGACAGAUCCUUAAGGAAACAGAACUUGUGGAAACAAUUUUUCAGAUAGAAUAAACUAUCACAACUGCACGUGUGUUUUAUAUAAAAUUUAUAUGUAUAAAGCACUUCAUAUUGCAAAAUGUUAACUUUUGAAGUUAGCAUGCAAUUUGUAGUGUCAUUCUGGUUUGUCUAUUGAACUGUAAAUACAUGCUCUAAAUGGUUUUAAGUUAGAGCCCGAGGCUUUCAGAAUUGGGCUUUUUUGCCUAACUUUUCUAGCCUUUGAAGGGGAUGUAUGUUUGGUGAGAGGAUUGCAUGUGCUUUUUUUUUUUUUUCCCCCCCCCCCCCCCCCCCCCUUUUUCUUUCUUUCUUUCUCCCUCCCCAGUAAGAGGCAACAGAGAGAGCCUGGGUUCUCCUUUACCUCCGGAUUCUGGACCAACAAUUAAUUCCUACCAUCAUUUAAUUUCUUCCCUGUUCACUUCCUCUGUUCUGCCAGUAGUUUUCACAGGGCUCUUGAAGAGCAAUAUGCAAUAGUUCUCAUUAUCCUACUAGAUUUUGUCUGUUUUUGCUAAUAUUUUCUGUUUAAAUAUAGUUUUAAAGUGUUUAUCAGUGUUUAGAUUUUUCCAACUAUUUUCCUAAAAUAUAUUUUUACUACAAAUGUCCUGUCAGCUGCUAAUUUAGUAACUUUUAAUCAUAAAUAUUUGCAGUUGAUGUAUUUUUGAAAGACUUUCAAGAAGGGAUUUGUUUUAUACCAUGAACUACCUUAUGUAGUUCAGUAAAAUGUGUGUAAAUGUAAAUAUACAGUUUUAUACAUUACAUUAAAAUGUAAGUGCUGUUUUUAUGAUUCUGUUUUUAUAGAGUAGUACUUUACUAAACUAAGAAUUGUAAAAAGCAUAACUGUACACCACUUGAGUAUCAUUAGAGGGAAAAGCUCUGAUGAAGCUGCACAUACAGCUAAAUGCAAUUACAUUAAUUCAGUUCAAAUCACAUUUUUGUUAAUUUCAGACAUAAAUUAUAUAGGUUUUUAUUUAUGUGUAUUUAUAUGUAAAUGUCAUCAAGUGAAUUGUUUUAUCACUGGGAUCUACCUUCAAAUAACUGUUGAUAUGAGAACUGUCUUGUGCUAAUUACUACAAAAAGUGUUACUAGAGGCCUUCACAUCUCCGAUAGCGUCCUCCACUGUCUUGUCUAAAUUAGUAUGUCCCACUGUCUUUUGUCAAUUUAUUUUUGAUCAACAAAUAUAGUGUGGGUUAGUAUUUGCUUUCUUUAAGGACUUACACAUUCGUUUUAGAGUGUGUGUAAUUAAUCUUGUCCCUAAACACUUUUGGGGAUGGGGUGGAUCAAAUAUGGUAUACAAUUUUACUAUAAAAUGAGCAAAUUUUACCUUGGUACACUGGUGCUAGAAAGAGAAUCCUACAUGAUAGGAAAGGGAGAGAGAAAAGAGACUUCAUUCCUGGAACCUUUUGGUAUUGGCUGUGUGGGGAGAAGCGAUUGCAGAUAGUUAAGUUUUUCUUGGUGUAUCAAGAGACUGAGUACCGUGGGAUGGGGGGAAACAAACAUCUUGGCAUUUAGCAUACCUUUUUGUCUUCCCACAGAUGAUCUAACCUGUUUGUCGUGUGAUUCUCAAAUCUCUAGUUAGAGAUUGAGUAUAUUCCAAUUCCUCACUUCCAUGAAACUUACUUUCAAAUAUAAAUACUCCUGUUUCUAGUAUGUCUAGCUGAUGCCUGUGUUCAAUUUAGAAUUUUAAUAAUUUAAGUGCUUUUGAAAUAGCUGGUUGAAAAACCAACAUUGUAUGGCUAAGAUUUGCCACCACAGUAGAUGGAUGCAUAUUUUAACUCAAAUUUGUGUCAUAUCAUCCCAUUUGUAUGUGAGCUUUCAGUAAACUUGAAACUUUUUUAAUUAAA